UUUUUUUUUUAUGCUUACUUUAUACCAUGCCUUCUCACAUCAAUGAUCUUCCUUAUGAAGUAAUGCUCUUUAUAUUCAGGCUAUUGAACAGAAGCGAUCAUUGUACUCUUCGAUUAGUUAACAGAGUGUGGAACAGACUUGCUAAUCCUUUUGCCUUCGAAUCGAUCACUUUUAGAAGAGAUACUGUGGAUUCUGCUCUUUCCGACUUGACCCUCUCUUUACAAACAGCAACAACAAAUUCUAAUGUGGAUCAACCUAUUGGCUCUUAUAUUCAAUAUGCCGAUGUAGAAGAAAUAGCCUUUUCUGCCUCUUAUUUGGAACAAAUUAUACAGCUAUGUCCAUUCAUUCAUCAUUUUACUAGUUGUAUGCCAUCGACAAAACCAGACAAUGAACAUGUGGACGUGGCAAAUGCUGCAAAAUUUUAUCGCAAACUUCCUAACUCUCAAGUGAAACACCUCAACUUAUGGAACGUGAGCUUUUAUGAUGUUUUCUCGUCCUCGAUCCUUCCGUAUCUCUUUGGUCUUACUUCACUGUCUCUCUCUGUAGGUUAUGAAUUCGAUUCUUGGAUAGAUUCGGAUGAUCAAUAUAUUUUGUGUGAAAUCGAUUUUAUGGAGAUGAUACAUGAUGCAUGUCCUCAAUUGAAGUCUCUUUCACUCAACAGCUGCCUUUUUACUCCUCAAAGACAUCACCGUUUGGAUUUGAAUCAAUUGUUCAAGCGAUCUACCACAGCAAUCAAAACAACUAUAGCGAAUUGGGCAUCAGGGAUCCGACCUUGUUCUACUCUGAAGCAUUUUACUACAAUACUAACAUACUCAGCACAUACCACUCAAUCCAAGACUUUGUAUCUCUUCUUGUAUCUAGUAGUCAAGUAUCCGAAUCUGGAGGAACUCGUCGUCGAAGGUGAAAAUGCUUUAGUCAGUAAUGAAGAAAUGUCAUGGUCAAGGCGUACUCACUUGAUCAAUUCCGUUCUACUGGAUAUGGACGAAAAUGGUAACAUUGGUGACCGAUCAUAUGUCUUUACUGAUUUGAAAUCUAUUCAUCUAGACUGUUUUCCUCUGCAAUACUUGGUGCAAGCUAUUCUAUUUGGAUAUGGAUCAUCUCAACAAUCUGGUCAUCUAGCGACAGCUAAUUCAACAAGAACAAUCGACUUCUCAGAAUGCUUUGGACAUCUUCAUUCAUUUCACUUUGAUUUCUCCCAGCGUCCUUAUUUUUUUGGCAACUACUUGACAGAGUUGAAAAUACACGAAAGUAAAGUGGAUUAUAACAAAUUAUUAGACGGCUUUGAUCCGGACGUGAAUCAAGUACGAAGCCUCUCAUUCUAUGGUGAUGAUCGUUAUCAGUCCACAACUAUUUCUAUUGAUGUUAUCUUGGAUAAGUGUUUACAUUUACAACAACUUGCAUUGUGCGAAAUCCGAUUGGGACUCUCAUCAGCAACAACAUCGACAAUAAAUUGGUUGUCUACAACAUCUUCCAGUUCUUCACCAUCAUCGGCAACACAUCCAUUACAAAAACUCACCAUCAAGGAUUCAAAUAUUACAGAUACAGCACUCUUCGAAUAUAUAUCCUUCCAUUGUCGACGGUUUUCUGUUUUAAAAUUAGAAAAUAUUAAAAUUCAUGGCAGUCUUGGGACACAACAACCUGCAUCACCAGACGACAAUAUGAAAGAAUGGCGCCAUUUGACAAACAUCAAUAGCAAAGAUCAUCAACGACGACGGAUUACUUGGAUCAACAUGCCCUAUACGACUUUCUCAAAAUGCGUGAUAGAAUUACCUUUUUCUUACGUCUCACACCGAUUUGCUGCACAUCGUGCUGGAUAUAUGAUAUUACAAGCAUCAGGGGUGGCAAGGAUAACAGAUGAUAUCAACAACAUACCUGAUUACUCUUGUCCUUUUUGGUUUUGUAGGUCGGAAAAAUGGGGAAGGAGAGGAUUCUUCUAUUCUAUACAUCAAGAUACAGAUUUACUUUUGGAACGGUUGGCUAACGGUGACUUGAGCAACAAGGAUGGCUUAUCUUAUAUAGGAAAGAUAGCUCUACGGUAUCUGAACAAGAUGGGCUUCGUGGUGAUUAUCUGUAAAAGCAUGAAGAAUUUGAACCUUGACAACGAGACAAUGAUGUAGUAGAUUAGGUUUUUUUUUAAUGUCCUUCAGGUUUAACCUCAUUUUUUAGUUUACCCUGUAAUAUAUCGUCCUUCUAUAUUCCCUUUUUUU